AGCGUUCUGAUGUAAAAGACAACAGGAAGGCGUUCGGCACGCCGUGUGCCAGCAGGACACCUGCAGCGCUGCCGCAGGGGUGGAAGUGAGCCACAGGCUGCACGGGGGGUGCUGAGAAAGCUGCACGGCUGCACAAAUCUGACGCCAAAGCAGGGCUCUGUUCUGGGUCUCUGCGUUUCUGACACCUGUGGGGACGCGUGAAGCGCACAGGAGCCUUGUGCAGCACCGCAGCGGAGCGGAGCCGCCGCAGGGCACGGGAGCGCGGCGCAGCGUUCUUGCUUAGCCAACAGGACUAAUUAUAACCCAGCAAUAUGAACUGCAAAUGUGCUGAAGCUGCCAAGACGGGAGCUGGGUGUGUGCCAGCGCUUGAAUGAGGACGCACCAUCCUGUCAGGACUCUCCGGGAGCAGCAGGCAGCAGCGAGGUUCGCACGGAGCCCCACGCAGGGAGAUGGACACGCGGGGUGCGGCAGGAGCACGAAGAGGCGCCGGAGACUGGACCGGAAUAUGAUAGGAGAGCCAAUGAACUUUGUGCACACCGCGCACGUCGGGGCCCGGGACAUGAGUAGUGACUAUUCCUCAGCUGUGUCAAUUCAGGACCACAUGAAGUCUAAAGGUGGCUACACAAAUGGCACUUCUGCAACUGUUGAAAUAUAGGAAACUGAGAGAAGGCUGAAAUCUGCUCUGUCUUAUGAGGAACCCCUGGACUGUGCUUUCAUAUUCUCUAAAACCUUGUUAUCAUGGAGUAGGGAGAGUACCUGAAUUAAAAUAGGUCAGUAUGAGCUUUGGUGUUCUUCGCACAAUAUCAACUGAAGGAAUUAUUGUAAAUAAUCCUGAAAAUGGUCUGUCAUGGUAGUGUUGUAGAAACAACUGUAAUUUGUCACUGUGGAUGACUUCCUAGCUCUGUCCCAAAAGCUUCUCAAAGCUGUCAUAUAGUAUGGGAUUGGAGGUCAGUAUGAAUUGUCUGGGAUUUUGGCAUCUGUCUUUUUCUCCUCUCAGGAAAUGCAGAGGAUUUUUAAUUGGAAGGUAUCGCAUGAUUUCCCUUCUUACAUGGGCUAAACUGAGUUGCUAAGUACGACCUUGUAGCUGCCAGAUAACUUUGGAUCUGUUUUUUAGAUGCUUUACAACCUAUUGCAUAAAUCUUUGGUAUUUUUUAAUGCCUUUUGAUAGUGAAUAAACUCUAAUGUAGGAUAGUUAGCUGAGUCUGCAAAACACAGUGAAACUUCUGCCUUGCCGAGAUAACACUUUUGUAUCUAAAAAUGGAGCUUUUGCAAACAUGAGACUUAGAGCAAGAGAUGUGUCCCUCAGUGACUGGGCUGCCUCCCAUCCAUGCACACACACUGCUGUGACUGGCAGCUAUUGCUGCAACACAGCUAAUUGCACCUACCAGUUAACUUCCAGUGGUGCUACAAUAUGCUCACACCUGUGUGUUAGUUUUGCUUGACCACCAUUGAAUUUUAAACUAAACAUGUUUAAGAUCCCUCUCUUUGUUACCUCUCUGUAACAGUAACCACACAGGACUUCAAGGGAUAUCUUGCUUGUCUUUCUGGCUCCUUAAUUUCAAGACUGUUUUAUAUGAAAUUAAUAUUUUCUUGCAUGUGGUGUAAGUGUUACGGCCAUGUGAAGGACACACAUUUAAAGAAAAUUGUGAAAAGUUGCAAGAGGGUAUUGAAUGGAAACAGCAUUUUGCAGAGUUCCAGCACUUCAUAAAUAUUUAAAUAAAUAUCCAUAAAUAUUUAGACAUUCUCAAACUAGAGUUUAUUACUUAGUUCUUAUUCAUCUUUCUAUUAAGUGACAUGACAAAACUGCUGAAGCUGAACUCUGUUUUUCUCUUACCCAAUCACUGACAAUUGUUCCCCAGCUCAAAAUUCUGUAUGACUACCAUUGUAGAAACAGGAAAUCUGCUUGCUCUCAUGGGAUUAACUAAUUAUAAGUGUUUAAAUUGCUGCCAUAUCAGCACAAGUUAUGCUGGAAGUCAGCAAACUCUGCCCUUGCUCUCGGCAGAAGAUCAGUUAGGAACUUUUUUCCAUUUAAAAAAUUUAUAGCUGGCAAAUCUUUUAACUUGUAUGAUUCUGUUUGUAGUUGUGAUACUUCUUAAAUCUAGGCUGCUGGCUUUGCUGGAUUGUUAGGCUGCCUUUUCUGGGUAUACUAGGGAACUUAAAACAUGAAUGGUAGCUCUGUGUUUCUGUAUAUGUUAAAAAAAACAGCUUUUCCCCUCCCCCAUAUUUUAUCUUUUAGGUCCAAAAAGGAAGAGGGAGUAUUGCUUUCUGUAACAGUCAACAGCCGAUCAUAACAUUCUGUAACCACAUAAGAGAAAUCUAAUAUCCAUGUCUUGCUAGAUCCUUACUCUUGAAUUAGAAUGCACACCAAAUUUUAAUAUAUUUUAAAAUUAGCAUAGUUAACUGUACAUUUAGCUUUUUCAAGUCUUUUACAUUUCUGUCUUCUAACUUGAGAUAUACUGUAACAGCCUAGUUAAGAUACAGAGUUUAAAGAAGCUAAUUCCUGUAUAGUGUUGAGGAUGCAGAAAGUGGCCAAGUUGUUUGAAAGAACAGAUUCUAAUUCAUCUGCUAUUAUACAGAGUUAAUGCAUUCAGCCAUCUAUACCUGGCGAGAAAAAGUGCUGAUAGGGCAGUUGUCAUGAAGAAAAUGGGCUGUGUUUUGUUAACAUUGUAAGAAAACACACUGAACAGGAGUUAGGGUUUCUUGAAGAGCCAUUCAGUAGAUUUAAAAUUAGUGGUAUAACUAGAAAUAAAGGAGUAGGUGAAUAUUUCAGUUCUUCUCUCUAAAAAUAAAUGAACAGAAAAUUUGUUAUUAAACACUUAUAUAGAGAAAAAUCCUAGUUUUGAUCAUGUAAACCAAGUAGCACUAUCUGGUGUGAAAGUAACCUAUUUUCAUCAGACUAUAUAGUAUUAUAUAGGACCAUAAAAAAGUGCAACAUCAUUAAAAAGAAAUGUUUUGCUAUUACAUUAAGAGUGUCAUUAUUUUAAAAGAUCUAACAAACAUAACACAUGUCUUAGGGCUUAGGUAUUUUUUGUUCUAUAUUUAGAAACCUUAUGUACCUGUAAUCUGUCAUGUAACUCAGUAUAAGCCUAUCUUAGUUAUAAUAAAUAUGUUGAACUGGGCACUUGCACUCUUUUCAUAUUGUGGAAAAUGUUGAUACUUUCUCUGCACUGAAAACCUGUUGGUUAACUGGAUGGAUCAGCAUGGCUUGAAUUUUAUUGCACAGAAUGAAAUUUCUCCACUAGAGAGCACAAUUUUACAUCAAGUCUUCUCUGUUCUAUGCAAGCUCUUACUCCAUUGUGGGGGUUUGGUGGAUUUUUGAGCUUGACUGAAAUAAAGUACAGAAAUAAUACCAGUUGAUCAAACUUUUAAAUCUACAUUGUAGGCUGUGAAGACCUUACAUCAAGACAAUCAAGAAACAUUGCAGCUCUGACAUGAUGUCAUUUUAUGGUUUCUUUUUUUAGUCAGAAGUAAAAUAACUUGCAAGCAGAGCAGGAUCAACUGGUUUUUAUGUAGUCUGGCAGAGUCUUAGAACUGUUGGCUUCCUUGGGAAAAAGAAUUUGGGAUGGCGAGGUAUUUUCAAUUCUUGCUGUCUUAUCCCUUGGUGUUCCUGCUAGGCUUUACUGACUGUUCCACAAUACUGCAUACACCUGUGGUCAAUGUAUAGAAAAGGUAUUUGUCUUUUUCACAGCCUAAUAUGUCUUUUUUAUCUCCUGCAGAGCAGCUUUAUACAAUUACAGGUGUCAAAGCUGUGCUCCAAGUUGCCUGUGAUAUGGUAACUUGCAACCCACACAAGUGGUACUAUUCCUUUGUAUGCUCUUGCCAUAUUGGACUACCAGGUGCUGUUGUAGCUUCCACUCUGUAUAGACAAAAAAUGUUGAGAGAUUAAUAAAUACCUUUAAUCUU